AUGGAUAUUGGAUGGGUGGUACGGAAAGCUGAGCAAAUUUUUAACCGCUUUUGGGGCAGAAAUAUGGAGAAAUCAGUUUGGGAGAAUCUACCGGAUGUGGCUAUGAUAGAAGUAUUCAAACUACUGAGGGACCCGGACAAGGCCAACCUCGCACUCACAUGUACAAACUGGGCACGCCUCUUUUACACGCCAAGCUUGUGGCGUAACAGACAUUUCGACAUGGGCGGGUACAAGUGUCACACGAAUGGCGUACGCGCAAACAAGUUCGCGGAUCAGUUGGGUGCGUACGUGGAAUACCUGUCAAUCACAUGUAGUCAUCCUUCUUACCAUAUUACGAAAGCGUUCCAGGAAAGUAUGGAAGACCUCCUUGUCAAAUUCAGGGGGAGUCAACUCAAAGAAUUUGAGAUGGAGCGCCUUGAACUGGACCGGUUCUGGAAGCACGAUUCAGCAAGAGAUAAAUUCAUGAACAGCUUCGUUAAAUUCUUCAAAACACAGAAGCGUUUGAAGGUGUUUGAUAUGACUGCAGCCCAAUGUGUUCUUACCGGGGGAUUGAAAAUUAUUGAAGCGGUUGGUCAAAAGUCAGGUAAAACUCUGGAAGAAAUCUACAUAGAAGACUUUUUCCCUGCGCGAUUUACAGUGUACAGUGUCGAAAGGUUCCAAAUGGCAUUGUCUUUUUUUACCAAUCUCAGUUACAUUGCUGUUAAUUACCACUGUAUAUCAGAAGAAAUAAUUGAAAUGUUUUCAAAAACAUUAGCAGGAAAAUUAAAAUUUUUCAAUAUUAAGGUGUAUAGGAAUAAUCCUCACCUUCACAGAAUAUCACCGUUUGCCUGGAAACAGUUGACGACCGUUUGUCCGAAGCUGCAGGUCAUGUUCUGGUUCGAUAGCGUGGCUAAAUCUACAGAGAUUAUCCCAAUACUGGUACCAGAGAUCCCCGUACAGGACGUACACAUCUGGACAGGGUACGAAGACGAUGUGGACUGGAACCUCAGCCACACAAUAACCCACAUCGCGAACAGCUAUGCCGCAACGCUAGGAGCAGCGUCCUUGGAGAUAGAUAACAACCAGGAGUUCGUGGACGAGGCGAUGCUGUACCUAGUGAAUAAGUGUAAGCGGCUGUUCGACCUCAGUCUCAACGCAUCGGUUCUUCUGAGUACCAUCGAAACUGUUCUGGAGCAAAUUGACCAACGCAAAUCUAACCUGCGCUCCCUACAUAUUACGGCGUGCGGCCUGUCCGAAAUGGAGUGGGCGGAACUUGGUGCCAUCAAGGAUAGGUUCACACACAUGGCGGCUGAUCGUAAUAUUGACCUAAACAUCUCCACAGAUCUCGUACUUGACCCCUUCUGAUGUCAUUAACCUCAGAUGAUCUGCAUAAUGGCAUAUGCAGCGGGAUGUGACGUCAUAUAGGGCGGGGUGUUACUUUAUACCAUCGGAAAGGUCAACAGAUGGAGGAAGAUGAUAUAGAUUUAAAUCACUAUUUACCGGAUUCUGGAUCCUUUAUAAUUUUAACAAUAUCUUUAAAAUAUAAACGUUUUAAACAAGACCAAAGUGUUGUAUGCAUAUACAUUUUGGUUGGAAUAAACAUAGAAACAUG